CAGCCUUGGUGUGGUGCUAUUUUUUGACGGUGUGCUGCUCGGUUUCCAGCUGACCUCCAGCAUUUCUGGCCCGACUGCGGAAGUGCAAUGAACUGACAUGAUUACGGGACCAGAGGCUAGGCAAACGCACAGGUUGUUGGACUUGAAGAAGCAGCAAUGGGCCAAAGAGAGAGAGGAAAUCGCUCGCAUGGAUGAGAUGUACCAUCACCAGCACACCUCGCACCACAAGAUCGAACGCACCUCCAUUCGCACCUACUACUCCAAUCUGGAUCUCAGCCAGAGCUCCACCUCCAAUCAGACUUCCAGUCACUCACGCCGCCACCAGCCCACCCAGGACAUGCAGUUGAUCCUGCGGCAGCCGGACUACAGGCAGGGCAACCAGGCCUACAUGAACCAACUGGAGCGCUACAUCGAGGAUUUGGACGGGGAUGCCGAUGCGGACUUCGAGGACGAAGACGAGUCCAUGUACCGCAGAACCAGGCGGGGAAGCUACGCCCCCGGCAUGACCUCCCGCCAGUUGCAGAGCUCUGCCCGCUAUGCGGAGCUUAUGCCCACAUCCCUGCAAACGGCCAAGGGCAGGAUGCAAAACUCCCGCCAGGGUCAGCACCAGCAACAACAACUGCAUCAGCAACUUUUGCUCCAACAGCAGCAGCAACAACAGCAACGCCUCAGGAGUCCCAGUUUGCCAGUUAUUCGGCAGAGGGCGAGGCAGGUGGGAGCGGGAGCGACGAAGCCAAAAGACUUUGAUCCCAGCAACGGCACACAUCGAUUAAACAACAAUCCCCCGGGAGCCCAGGGAAACCAAGGAGUUGCGCCCGGUUGCCAGGAGGAGGACACUUCCGGCUAUCUGAGCGACACGCCGAAGAACCCACACACGCCCGAUAUUUGGUUCAACGACGGUGCGAGCCAAAUCGAGAGCGUCAGUGGUGUGGGAAGCGCCAGUGUCCUGGAGGAGAUGGCUGGGGGUGGUGCAAUCGGCGGGGGCAUGGGCAUGGCCGGAUGUCGACGCCUCCGGCGAUCGAUUCAGGGCGGAGCUGGGGCUGCUCAGCUGCCAGCCCCGAUGGCCAUCCCGUUGCCAAUUCCCAUGCCGAUGGCAGCCCACCACCCACCGCCCACGGUGAAGCCGCCCAACCUGGCGUAUGUCAUCAAGGGUCGCCGUGUGCCAGGGCAGGGAUACGAGCCGCUGGCUGCCGACGGGUACAUGGCCGACGGAUGCUGCUAUAUGCCCGCUCCGCCCAGCUCCUCCAACAUGAGCCUCAGUAGGGAUGUGUCCACUUCGAACACCUACCAAGUGCACAUAGGCAACUCGGAGCAGGGGGACUUCUACGUCCACGAGCAGCACGAACGGGAAAGAGCCCGCUGGGCCAACUACAAUGGCGCUACUGGAGGGGGUGGUCAGCAGCCUCCACCAGGAUGGCUUAGCCGGGGGAUGCACGACCUCAAGGACAGUGAGGACGAUGUUCAGUCCCUGCAAUCCAGCUCGACAUAUCUGAGGGGACAGAACGCCCCGCUGGACGCUCAUACUCUGGCCGAAAGAAUUGACAAGCGACGCAAGGCGGCCGAGUACCACAAUGCCAUUAAGAAGCAGCUCCAGGAGCGGGAACUGAUUCGAAAGUGGGAGCUGGAACGGCAUCGCCAGGAGGAGCAAAUCGAGGAAGAUCGUCUGCGCCGGCAAAAGCACUUGGAACAGGAGCGUCUGGAAUUCGAGAGGCGGCAGCUGCUGGAGCGCGAGGAGGCCCAGCAGAAGAAACAGCAGGUUAUGCUGGAUGCCAUUGCCAAGGCCGAGGUGGCGGCCAAAAUGGAGAAGCAGAAGAAGCGAAUGGUGAGGCAGAUAUCCUUGAAGUCGCAGGAAACCGAAGGCGACGAGUCGGAACUUCUGAGGGUGCAGUCCGUAGAAGAAGAGGACGAGGACGGAGAGGAUACUGGAGCAGCGCCCAGUCAGAACGAAGAGGUGCUCUCCAACACCCCUAGGGCUGCACCACCAACACAGCCCUCGACACAGUCCCAGCCCACUGUGGUGUCUGAGGAGAAAGUCCUGAUAGGCACGCCCAUCAAUCUUCGCCGCACCAUCACCAAGCCCAUCAAGCAACCGACAGACUCCAAAAAAGAGGAACCAAAGGCCAAGAGACAGGCCUCGUUUCUGGGUGAGGACAAGGAGAACAUGGCCCUGCUAAUGCAGCCGGCUACUUUGAUUCCAUUGCCAGUGACCAGCGACAUCUUCGGCCUGCAAAACGCCAUCGGAAACCUACAGAUAGCCACGUACUUCGUGCAGCAGCCCAUGCAAAAGCCGCCUCCGACUGCUGGAUCCUAUUCCAAGGCCACAAUGACCCAGCGUACGGACACCUCCAUAUACACCGAAGAUGGGUACAAGGCGGAAAACGAGGAGGAAGAACCCCUGAUAGAGACGGCGAGAUCUGGGCGAACGGAUGUGGUAACCGCCAGUGGUUGCUUUUCACCCGAUUCCCUGGAGGUGGACGUGGCCCCAGUAUCCAUACCCGAGCAGGAUAAGCUGGCACUCAUCCCAGUAAAGACUCCUCUCCACUUGGAUGGCCCACAUCAGGAAGGCGAUCAUGAGAUUAAUCUGGAGCCUGGUCAGCAGGCCGAUGUGGAAACCCAGACAGAGCUGCCCCUCAACUGCGAUCUCUGUCUAUUCCACGACAACUUCUACAAGGUACUGCUCAAACGAGAGGUCUCCACCACUACCACUACCCAAACUUCCAAGUCUCAGACCCAACCCGCUAAGGAAUCCACUGCUGAAAAGGACCACGAGACUACCACGACCACAACCACCACUACCACUACCACUUUCAAGGCCAAGAGCAAGGACAAGGAGAAGGACAAAGGCCUGAAGAAGAGUCACAAGGACAAGGACGCCAAGGUGGACGACCGCCCCAAGUGGGGAGUCAACCGCCCAGUAGUGCAGUACGUCAAGGCCAGCGAUCGGGACCCGUUCUGUCUGCGGAAAAAGAAGAGCCACCCGAGUACGGCCAAGCCGCCGAGAUCCCAGUCGAUGGACUCCCGGCUGGAUAGUGUGGCUGUGCUGCCGGAGGACCAGCUGAUGAACUGCAACGGAGACAUCCCGUCUGCCGCUGGGGAGCAGGAGGAGGAGGGCUUCCUCCUCAAGGCCCGUAAUGUCUGCACCGAGAUCUUGCCCAUUAAAACCGACGAAAAGGGACGAAUUUUCCUCAAUUUCCGCGAGGCUAGCGCCAUCAUGAACGAGGACGAGAUCAAGGACAAGCUGCGCCAGAAGUACUUCAACUUCGGCAGGAUCCUGCCCCGUCGGAGCUGGGGCUCGGCCACCCAGCACGCCCUGCCCUUCAGUGCGGUGACCACUGCCCCGCCGCACUCCACGGUGGGGGACUUGGCGGACGAUUGACGGAUCUACCAGAAUAACUUUUACCAUUUAUAAUACUAACCCCGAAUCUAGAUUGACUGUAAACCCCUAAAAUAUAUAUACAUUUUGUA